CUGUCGGGACUCAUAGGCGUCGUCUCCUGGAAGAGGCCUCUCUCCCUCGUGAUAACCUUUUUCAUGCUGCUUUCUGCAGUGUGUGUAAUGCUGAAUUUGGCUGGUUCGAUUCUCUCUUGUCAGAAUGCUCAGCUAGUCAACUCUCUAGAAGGCUGCCAGUUGAUUAAGUUUGACAGUGUGGAGGUGUGUGUCUGCUGCGAGCUGCGGCACCAGUCAUCCGGCUGCAGCAACCUCGGGGAGACGCUGAAGCUGAACCCGCUGCAGGAGAACUGCAACGCCGUGAGGCUGACCUUGAAGGAUCUCCUCUUCAGCGUGUGCGCCCUCAACGUCCUGUCCACGAUCGUGUGUGCGCUGGCCACAGCCAUGUGCUGCAUGCAGAUGGUCUCCUCCGACGUCCUGCAGAUGUUUCUUCCUCAGAGGUCGCAUCCCGCCAACCCGGCCUGCGUGACUCCCCACGGCACCGUUCUCCACCAGACCCUGGAUUUCGAUGAGUUCAUCCCCCCGCUCCCGCCUCCACCCUACUAUCCCCCAGAGUACACCUGCACACCCUCCGCCGACGCCCAGAGGGGCCUCCACCUGGACUUUGCUCCGUCUCCAUUCAGCACUUUGUAUGACGUGGCCAUCAACAGCCCCGGCCUGCUCUAUCCUGCUGAGCUCCCGCCUCCGUACGAGGCGGUGGUGGGCCAGCCCCCUGCCAGCCAGGUUACAAGCAGAGAUCAGCAGGUAGCUGAGUCUAGCUCCGGGGACCCAAACACCAGUGCUGGCUUCAGCACUCCAGUACCAGCUGACAGCACAAGCCUCCUGGUGUCCGAGGGCAUCGCCACGCCAGGUUCUAGCCCCUCCCCUGAUGGCCCUGUAGGAAUCCCAGCGCCCCCUGAACCUGCCCUUCACCCUGACUGUGUGUCUCUGGAGGAUCCGGGCAUGGGCUCACAGGUGCAGCCAGGUCCUGGGCAUGUGUCCCGAUCUACCAGCGACCCCACCUCGUGCACGUCUGGCACAGCAGUUUCCAUGUCUCGCUCUGCUACGGCUGCCUGUCGGACCCAGCUUUCACCAGCGGGAGACGCAGAUACCUCGAAAGUUGACCAACGGCCAGCACCAGAGGCCUUCCCAGUGGCCUCCAAAGAGCGGCCACGCUCUUUAGUGGACAGCAAGGCCUAUACGGACGCCAGGGUUUUGGUGACUAAGUUUCUGGAACACUCGCACCGUGCCCUUCCCACUGAGGCACAGCACGUGGGGGGUGCCGCGCACGUGGCCGUCACCUCCGAGGAGCCCCCCGAGGAGGCGGCUGUCUUCAGUGCCAGCGUUCUGGACCAGGUAUGAAGGAGCCACAAGUCUGGCCGUGGACAGCAACGGGCCUGGCACCACAGAUGUUCUUGCCAGAAGCCGCCUUGCGUGACAGAGGCUUCAGGCCCAGCUUGGCUGAGGACAAAUCGGGGGGCGGGGGGACACCCAGGAUCAUCUGGGGGCAGCGAGGGCAGGAAACCAAGCAGUCGUCUCCUUGGGGAUUGCGCUUCCUACCUAGCCUGGUAAUUCAGAAAGAUGACUCGUGUCCGCAGUGAACUCUCUCUGGCGUGGAGGAGCUUGAACUGAGCAUUGUUGCACAAAUGUGAAUACAGCAACAGGGGACACUCAUGUCACCUAAAGACUAAGUAUCUCCAAAAUCAGGGCCAUCCAAAGCAGGAGUCUCCCACCCCCAAUUUAACUUAGUGUUCAGUGGACAGAGAGUGGCAUCGAGUCACGAGACAUUUUCUCAUGUGGUUCGAUGGCUCUAGAAUCAAACGUUCAUCGUGCUCUGGCCUGUUUCCUAUGAAAGGAAAUAGGGAGUUUUAGCACAGAUGGCAGCCUGGGCCCAGCUUUCUGCCCCCAGGGCUGCGGUACAAACAAAUGCCCAGUGAGGGCCUCUGUCACAGCCCGGCCACCCCAGGGGACAGGCCAGCAUUGCAGGGGUUGGAGGUAGCCACCAUCUCCCGGUCUCCUGGACAUCGAGCUCAGCCUCCCUCUGUGGGCCUCCCUCUGUGGGGUGCCUCCCCCACCUCCUCCUGGGCCCCUUUUCUCCAGGCUCCUGCCCUGUCCCUGGAGCAGACCCUUGUUUGAUCCGUAACAGUAAGUGCUGAUUCCCAGCCCCCUUGGGGGUCUCCCUUGUAUCUGAGCUCAGCUGAUUGAGCUCGGUGGGUCCAGGUCUGGGGGAGAGAGGCCAGUUUCUCUGGGAAGUAGUCCCUCUUGAUAAAGCAGGUCCCCGUGACCCAGAGCCACCCCCCCCUCCUCCGGGCAGCAGAGAUUGUAAGCCACUGACACACACACACUAAAAGGAAAGCAGACCCCCACCGUGCUGCUUAUGCAGAAGCAGGCACGCCCAGUUUGAGGGUGGCUUGAGCACCUUUGACUUUCUCGGCCCCCAGCCCCAUUUUCUGGUGGUGUCAGUGGCAGCUGUUCCCAACAGUGGCCCUGGAACAGCGCCGUCCACGAGAACUUUCUGCAGUGAUGGAAAUGCCCGUUCAGGACCACUAGCAACAGCCUCUGAGCUGCGAUGGGUGGGCUUUCCGGCGAACAAAGAAGCCUUGAGCCCGAGGUCUCCCCAGAGAGCCCGUGGGCCUGGCAUGGGGAGGCAGGGGGCACCAGAGGGUGCCCACAACUGCUGGGGGCCAGGGCUCAUGCUGCGUUUUCCCACUGAGGUCAGUGGCGCUGGGGAGCGUCUGUGUCGCUGGAGGCUAGGCAGGCGGUGAGGCUCCGGCCCGGCUGGGGCUGAGAUGUAGGACUCCGCCAGCUCUGGUCGCUUGAGAAGGCUUCAGUUGCUCUAGAGCAGGUGUCCCCAAACUUUCUACACAGGGGGCCAGUUCACUG